AUGAGGUUACCAUUUCAUCUUCCAGGCCAGCAAAAUGUAGUUUUCAGUGGUGAAGAUGAUAUUGAAGAUGUGCUAAACAAACCUCAGGUUAAUUCUUCUAUUUUUUUGGAGUGGAUGAACAUGAACAAAAAACCAGAAACAACGAAACUUACUUAUGUUGAGUUUCCAUCAAAGUAUGUUUGGAAGUUAAAGGAUCGUUGUUGGCAGCCGCGAAAAAAUUAUGUUGUUGUUGGAAGACUUUAUUCAGUUUCUCCUUCCCUUGGUGAAGCUUAUUACCUUAGAAUUCUUCUAACCAAGGUCAAGGGUCCACGAUCUUUUGAAGAAAUUAGAACCUAUGAGGGUGUUGUUUAUCCUACUUUUAGGGAUGCAUGUUAUGCGCGUGGCCUAUUAGACGAUGACAACGAAUACAUUGAGUGUAUUAAAGAGGCCAGUUUUACAGGAAAUGGUCAUUAUCUUCGUUCAUUGUUCGGUACACUUCUUUUGUCUAAUACUCUAUCAAGACCAGAAGUUGUUUGGGAGAAGACGUGGGAGUUUUUGUCGGAGGACAUUUUAUACAAUAUGCGGAAGGAUUCUGGGUUUAGUGGUUUUGCUGUCUCAGACGAGCGUUUAAAGAAUAUAACGUUGUCUAAAAUCGAAAACUAUCUUAUCCGUAAUGGAUCCAGCUUGCAUAGAUUCUCACCAAUGCCUGUUCCAGAUGAAGAUUCUACAAUAUAUGAGGCUAACCGUCUAAUAAAUGAGGAGCUUUCUUGGGAUAAGGAUGAAGUUAGGGCUGAAUUUAAUAAGCUUCAUAAUUCUUUAAAUGAUGAUCAAAGAGCAGUGUAUAAUGAGAUUAUGACUGCUGUUAGACGUAAGACAUUUCUUUGGAAAACUUUAGCUGCUUCCAUAAGAUGCAAUGGACAUAUUGUUGUUAAUGUUGCUUCAAGCGGGAUUGCAUCACUGUUGUUGUCACGAGGCCGUACCGCCCAUUCAAGAUUUCAUAUUCCGAUUAAUCUUACUGAAGAUUUCGUUUGUAAUAUCAAACCUAAUUCUGGAAUCGCUAAUCUUCUAGACGAAGCCAAGUUGAUUAUUUGGGACGAAGCACCGAUGGUACACAAACAUGCUUUUGAAGCUCUUGAUCGUACAUUGAAAGAUGUUUUGAGUGUCUCCGAUUCAGGUAAUUCUGAACUUCCCUUUGGUGGAAAGACUAUUGUUUUCGGUGGUGACUUUAGGCAAAUCUUACCUAAAGUCACAUCUUACCGGUUGUACAAAACGGCACAAGGCAAGACAUUGUACACGCCUCUUUAUGUUUAUCUUACAUUUGGUCCACUUGCAAGCAGUAGUUCAGACAUUGAUGAGAUAAACGAUUUUGCGAAAUGGCUUCUUGAAAUUGGUGAAGGCAAUCUUGGUGAUGGUAACGAUGGCGAUUCAACUAUAGAAAUACCAAACGAUCUUCUAAUCACCGAUUCAACUGAUCCAAUUCAAAGCUUGAUUGACUUUGUAUAUCCAUCAGUUCUUGACCGUUUUAAAGAUCGUGACUACUUUUCUGAAAGAGCCAUACUUGCUCCUAAAAAAUGA